GGAAAUGGCUCUCGUUAAAGUAGUCAAAAAUCGCGCUUACUUCAAACGCUUCCAAGUUAAAUUCAAGAGACGACGUCAGGGCAAAACUGAUUACUAUGCACGCAAACGUCUAACUGUCCAAGACAAGAAUAAGUACAACACGCCCAAGUAUCGACUUAUUGUGCGUUUUACAAACAAGCGAGUUACUGCACAGAUUGCUUAUUCUCGGAUCCAGGGCGACAUCAUCGUUAAUGCUGCUUAUUCUCAUGAGCUUCCACGUUACGGCAUCAAGCUUGGCCUUACCAAUUAUGCUGCUGCUUAUGCAACGGGACUAUUGUUAGCACGCCGUCAUUUGCAAAAACUGAAACUCGAUUCAGUUUAUAAGGGAAAGGAAGAGGUUGAUGGAGAAUAUUAUGAUGUUGAGGGUAGCAAUCCAAAUCCGUUUACUUGUGUUUUGGAUGUUGGUUUAGCAAGGACUACCACUGGGGCUAAGAUAUUUGCUGUGAUGAAAGGUUCUCGCUUCUUUGGUUUCGACAAUGAGUCAAAGCAGUAUAAUGCUGAGGCACACCGUGAUCGUAUUUUUGGGAAGCACGUGGCCGAUUACAUGAAAUAUUUGAAGGAGCAAGACGAAGAGGCGUAUAAACGCCAAUUCUCUAAAUUUCUUAAAGAAGGCAUAGAACCAGAUUCGAUUGAGGGUAUUUAUAAGAAAGCCCACGAGGCGAUUCGUGCUGAUCCUUCACAUACAAAGAAAGAACCAAAGAAGCCUGCAGAGAAGAAACGUUGGAAUGCUAAGAAGUUAACUUUGCGUGAGCGUAAACAUCGUGUCGCCAACAAAAAGGCAUAUUUGUUGCAUUUGAAGGAUUUACAAGGACAGCAAUUGGAAGCUUAA